AUGCGUUACAACAAUAUGCGCUUUUCAGCGCUCCUCUCAAUCACUUGCAGCCUUGUCGGGUCUACUCUUGCGCAAAUCCAGCUCGGAACCGCAGGAAGCUUUGGAGUCAUAGCUAGUGAUACUGUAACGAAUAGCGGCAAUACAGUGAUUACCGGUUCGCUCGGUCUAUUUCCGAAUACCAUGAGCUCGAUAACUGGAUUCCCACCUGGGCGUUCAGGUACCCAAUAUGCUGGCGAUGCUAUCGCUGACAGGGCCAUUCAAGAUGCCAGGUCUGCUUAUGGGAGUGCUGCUUCAUUAGCACCCACAGGACAAAUCUCUGCCGAUCUUGGGGGACAGACUCUCGUGGCGGGAGUCUACACAUCGGCGUCAGCAGUGCAAAUCACAGGGCCACUUACACUCAAUGCUGAAAACAAUCCCAACGCCCUUUUUGUUUUUCAAAUCGGCAGUACCCUCACGACUGCUUCCGCUUCGUCAAUUGUACUUGUCAACGGUGCGCGUGCUUGUAACGUCUUUUUCCAAGUCGGCUCUUCUGCUACGCUUGGCAGCACCACCAUCUUCAAUGGUAACAUCCUGGCCUCGACUUCGAUUUCUCUUGGGGACGGUGCAACCGUUAAUGGCGGGCUUUACGCUUUGAAUGGGGCUGUUACUCUCAUAAACGACCAAAUUUCUGCACCGGGGGGCUGUGAAGCUGUUCCGACAUCCACCCUGUCGACAUCUACCACGCCAGUGGCAUCUACUACGCAGACGACUGUUUCGACCUCAAACACAGAUACAUCUGUAACCAGUCUCACGUCAACAUCGUUGGGAAAUACCAUCUCCAGCACGGGCAAUGUACCAGGGGUGACCACUGACUCUACUACCGGACCCGAUGGAGGGACUGUGACGACUCCUACCGACGGUAGCUCGACUACGACCCUUCCGAAUAACGACAUAACCACGCUAUCAAGUAGUACCGGUACUGCCAUCACGAGUGUUCCCAGAUCUGGGUUCAAUACGACAAUCACAUCGCGCACCACCCCGCCACUGAGCACACCAAAUGUACCUGACUUCCCACCCAACUUUCCACCUAAUUUUCCACCCAAUUUUCCACCUAAUUUUCCACCUAAUUUUCCACCUGAGACACCCAAUACACCGAAUGUUCCUUUCACUAGGCCGAGCCAGCCUAUGAAUACUCCAGAAACAAUGACCACGCAAUCUAGGUCUACCAUGCGAUCCAGGUCCACCAUGCAAUCCGGGUCCACCUCAAAGCCUACGUUAUCCAGCGUUCGAACAACGUCUCGUCGUGCGACUAGUUCAAUUGCUUCAGAAACUUCAUCGACCCUCAAGGUUUAUUCUGUAUAUGCCACUAAAAAUGUCACCUCAUCAGCACCGGGUUACAAGUCUGCAACAAGUAGCUACCAGGCCAAUUCGGCAAACUUCACACAACCUGGUUAUGCGCAGUCAAGACAAGUCUUGACUUCGAAAAUUUACAAUGGGGUAACCACCAUCAACGGAACUCCAUGCACCACCCUCUCGUAUUUCGAGCCGACUUGCUCUUGCACACAGACCACUGUCGUUCCUAUCGCGCAUACACCUGCACCGCAGGUGGCAACCAUGAAAUUGACAACUGUAAGCGGUGUACCCUGCACGAAAACGCAGUAUUAUGAAGAGACUUGCGACUGUGUACGCACAUCAAAUGUACCAAUUCAGGUUGUAGGUGCCUCGGCCAGUAUUGCCACCAUCAUCGACGAAGUGCCUUGCAUCACGUCCAAGUACUACGAACCUGCCUGCAAUUGCAUACAGACGGCGACAAUUCCCGUCCGAAUCGCUAGCGGUGGUGAGGCGCCCAAUCCAGCCGUUACGGCUUGCCCUGCCUCGACAAAUGUCUUUUGCAUGUCGGCAUGCAUGGAGUCGUACAUGCCCGCUUCGACAACCACAUCGGGUAGCGCAUAG